ACGUGCCGGACUGCCGGUGUCACGUGACGUGACAAUCGUUUUUUGGGGGCGGUAGGUACGACACAUUUUUAAUGUUGUUGUAUUUAAACAAAGCAACUUUCAGCACAACUUUCACUUUUAUGGGCAACAAUGGAAUCGUCAUGAUUAAGCAGGCAGCCUCCUUUGUGGACAUGACGCGGAGCGAGGAGGAGUCCCUGUUGGACGGACCUCUCAUUUCGGCCGAUGCCCUCCAAUCCGCCAUCAGGAGAGAGUUUCGGACCGUGCCGACCGCCUGCCAUGCUGCCCUGCUGUCACUGCUCCAUGUUGUGUACGUGGUGCUCUCGGUGUGCGUGGCGCUGCUGUGCAUACUGAAGUUCGGACGGGAGGACGUUUGCGCCAGCGUUUUGGGUCCCGUGCAGGGGGACAGCGUGGUGGUCUUUGGCAAGGUGGUCCUCUGGCUGCUGGUGCUCUUGUUCACCUGGUACAUGCAGCACCAUCACGGUCAGGCCCGUUGCAGAGGCUACCUGGGGUUCUACAGGGGGACGCAGGAACUCAAGCACCUGCCUCUCACCGUCUACUCUGCGGGCAAUGUGAUGCUGUUGGUUGUCCUGGCUGCGAGAUUGCCACACCCUGUGCACAUCUACAUGCUGAUCAGUGUUCUGGUCUUGGAGCUCUUGGUGGCCUUGCCCUGCCUCAUCACUUACACAGGGAAAGUUAUGCGGUUCAACGCGGCCCGGGCGGCGCCUGACGUAAGCCAGGAAGAACACUCGCACAACUUCAGAGUCACCAGCCUGCCGGCAGAGACGGGCUUCAGAGAUCACUCCAGCCUGGAGGAGGUGGUGGAGAAGCAAGCUGACCUGAUAGAAUAUCUGAAGCAGCACAACAGUUUGCUAAGCAGGAGGCUUCUCAACCUCACCGCUCAGCACUGAGCCACCACUUUUUAAAGACCACUUCAGGGACACUGGUUUGAACGAGAGACUGACUGGAAAUGAAGUCCGCCUGAGCCUCCCCCUGCCAUGCGCCCUCACCUGAGAUGGACACUUAAGGCUGGGAGGGGGAGGAGCUGCACUGAAAGUGGCGGACAGUUAUUGAAGAGGCGAGGAGGAGGAGGAGGAGGAGUCGCGGGUCACAGAUCAGAGGUGAGGUGAGAAGAGGGUUUGGGGGGUAGUUUUAUCAUUGAGUGUCCCACAGAUGCUGCUGCUUGCUACUGGGAGAAACAAACCCGUUUAUUAUAAGACAUCUGCACUGAGAAGAAACAGCUGUGAUUUAUUAGGGGUCAUUAAAAGAGUACAUAUAAAUAAUGCCGUGAUAACAGUUUAUAUCCUUUUAUUUAUAUGAAUGUAUGUUUUGUAUGCUUUAAUUUGGCGCAAAU